AUGUUCCGUUUUUUAUUAUUCAUUUUAUGGAUAGGACAAAGUGAGGAUAUUUUAAAGGCCACAAUAGAGGACUAUUUUUAAGGAAAUGAUAUAUUGGAAGAUGCGUUUAUAAAUGAUGAUUUAUAUUAAUAGGAAUUAAUAUUUUAAGCAGGUGUGUUAUUGUUUGAAUAGAAUCCAUUGAUUGAAUAAAUGUUAGCAAUGGCAGAGACAAUAGGUGAUGGAACAAAUGAAUAAAUGCUUCUUUUAAUGAGUGAAGCAGAAAAUGAAAUACCUGAUUAUGCUGAACUAUAAUCACCAAUUAGUGAUACAAAAGUAUUUGAAUAACAUCAAAGACCAAAAAUAGAAUAAAUUGUAACUGAUGAACCUGAAUGGCUAGCAUAAACUGAAUUUUUUUUAGGUGCAUUAACAGUUUUUAUAGCAUUUCCAUUACUCUUAAAUUCUGAAGCAAGAAAAUAUAAACAUCAUAUGAUAUUAAAAGAUGUAGUUGAAUUAAAAAAUGAUAAUUCAUUAAUAAUAUUGUAAGGAUCAACAUUAAUAAAUGAAGAACAUUUGAUUGAUAUUUUAACAGGAAUAAAAGUUGAAAAUGCAAUUAGAUUUUAUAGAAAAGUAGAAGAAUUGUUAAUAAAUAAUUAAGGAGAUAGAAAAUGGAUAGAAAGAGAAAGUGAUAUAUAAUGGUAUGAUGAUGAAGAUAAUGAAAUACAAUUAUCACAAUGGAAAUCACAAAUUUAAAAUAGUUAAUGUUUUUUAUUAGGUUAUCAAUUAAAUGAUAAUUAAAUUGAAAAAUUAACAAAUUGGUAAAAACUUAAACUAAAUCCUUAUCAAUAUCCUGAAUAUUAAAUAGAUUAAAACAAUAUAUACAUAACUGGAAAUACAACUUUAAGAAUAUCAUAUUGGUAUAUUCCCUCAUAAUUGCUUACUGUUGUAUGUAAAUCAUUUGGAAUAUAAUUAAAUCCAAUAGAGAUACAUAUUCCAAUUCUUGAAUCUACUUAGGGAUGUAGUACAAGUUCAACUAAAUAAGUAUUAAAAUCAUUUAUUAAGGGUUGUUAAGAAUUAGUGUGUUAGAAAGUUUAUUAAUGGAUUGUAUGGAAUGAAUGGUCAUAGGAUGAAUAGAAUAUAGAUUAUGUUGAAGAAGGUCUAAUAUCAUUGGAAGAUAUUUUUGAAUCUAAAUUAACAUUUAAAUAGAGUGAUUUAAAUAAGAUUAGAAUUUUAGCAUUUUUUUUAAUGUUUAUAGGAAUUUGGAUGUUCUUUCUACCUAUUUAUUAGGUAAAAUAAAUUUAUAUAAAUUAGGUUUUAUCUUUAUUUCCAAUGUUUGGAUAAUUAGAUAUUGGACCUUAUUUGGGUGCAAUUGUAGGGUUUAUCUUUGCAAGUGUAUUUUGGUUGAUUACUGUAGGAGUAUCAUAUUGGUAUAAUAUUUUCUAAUAUAGACAAGCUUCUAUAAUAAAAAAGUUGGAUUGACUCUCAUUUUUGUUGGAAUUUCAAUAUGUAUGGUACUUAUUAUUUGUACCCAUUUUGAUUACUAGAUUCAACCUAAAUCAUUUUUAGAAAUUUAAUAAAGAUGGUUUUCAUGA